AUGUUGAGUCUGAUAAGCAGGAAGCUGCGGCAGCUCUGUGCAAGUAUACGGGGGCUGAUAUGGAGGCGUCCAAGGCCAAAAGUCAUAAUCAAAAGGUUUGGAAAAAUAAGCUCUAAGGAUCGAUGUAAGUGGCGUCCAGGCUUUCAUAAAUCUUCAAUUCAUCUGAAUGGCAAGCAUGGCAAUUCUAGUUCUAAAAGACCGAUUCGAAUUGCUACAUUCAAUGUUGCCAUGUUCUCUCUUGCACCUGCAGUUCCCAAGGCCGAGGAAUCAAUUAUGUUCAGCCAAGAACAUGAAGGUUAUAUUACAUACAAGAGUCAGGUGGAAUUGGAUACUCAAGUAAACUCUGUGAGCUAUUAUCCCAAGAGCAUACUCAAACAAUCUCCCUUGCAUGAUAGCCUGAAAAAUUCAGAGCAAGUCUCCACACAAAAGAAGGUAUCGAGAUCAAAACUGAAGGUUUCAAUUAAUCUUCCUGAUAAUGAGAUUUCGUUAGCAAAUAGUAAAUUUCUUGGCUUUGUGGAGGAUGAAAGGGAGGGGUCAUCGAACAUUAUUGCUAGCAGAAACUAUAGAAGCAAUGCUGUGAUGAGAUCUCCUGUCUGCUUGCCGGCCAAUAUGACUCAGUUCAGAAGUGAAGAAGGCUGGAAAAGCAGCAGAAGCAUUAUGGAAGUCUUAAAAGAAGUGGAUGCUGAUAUCUUGGCCCUGCAAGAUGUCAAGGCAGAUGAAGAGAAAGGCAUGAGUCCUCUUUCAGAUUUGGCUGCUUCCUUGGGGAUGAAAUAUGUGUUUGCAGAGAGCUGGGCACCAGGAUAUGGAAAUGCCAUUUUGUCGAAGUGGCCAAUCAAAAGGUGGAAAGUUCAGAAGAUCGCCAAUGAUGAAGAUUUCAGGAAUGUACUGAAGGCUACAAUAUAUGUGCCAUGGGCAGGAGAAGUAGACUUUUACUGCACCCAAUUAGACCAUUUGGAUGAAAACUGGAGAAUGAAACAGAUAGGCGCAAUAAUACAAUCAAAUGACAUGACUCCUCACAUAUUGGCAGGAGGUAUCAAUUCUCUUGAUGGAUCAGAUUACUCGUCAGAUAGAUGGAUGGACAUUGUGAAGUACUACGAGGACAUAGGAAAGCCAACACCAAGGAUCGAAGUGACUAAGUUUCUGAAGGGAAAAGGAUAUGUAGAUGCAAAGGACUAUGCAGGUGAAUGCGAGCCAGUAGUCAUCAUUGCAAAAGGCCAAAAUGUGCAAGGAACAUGCAAGUAUGGCACAAGAGUGGAUUACGUUUUGGCAUCACCAAACUCGCCCUACAAGUUUGUUCCAGGAUCAUAUUCAGUGAUCUCAUCCAAAGGCACCUCUGAUCAUCACAUAGUUAAAGCCGACAUCAUAAAAGUAGGCGAGGGUUAUCAAGAGACUCCAAUUAGAGGAGGCCAGCAAGAAAAGCAGAGAGUUGUAAGAAUAACAAAUCCUUGGUCUUCUAGAGGUAUAUGGAAGUUGAAAACUUGA